GACAAACUGAAGUCGAACAACAGCGCACGACAGGACAUUUCCAUCUGGUGCAGAGGUCAACAUCUUUCAGCACGGGGGAAGGCACCAUAUGUUGUUCAAUAGUUAGUUAUCGAUAGGAUUGAUUGAUGCGUUUAUUUUGUCAUGAACGGGGCAGUAAUGCCUUUGACCCACUGCUACAUUUACGAAUAAUUCCCUUUGCGUACAGCACGGUGCUAGAAGAUGGCGGAGUCGGAUGGUGGGGAUUUCGCCUCGAAUCGUCCACAGAACAGUAUGGCUAACARGAAUAGCACCCUGCGUUGCACGUUCUCAGCCCCAAGCCAUAGCGCCACUCUCCUACAGGGCUUGUCGGUCCUGCGAGCCCAGGGGCAGCUCCUGGAUGUGGUGCUGGCCAUCAAUGAGGAGCGCUUCCAGGUUCACAAGGCAGUGCUGGCCUCCAGCAGUGACUACUUCAGAGCCAUGUUCACUGGAGGCAUGAGGGAGUCAAACCAGGACACCAUUGAGCUGAAGGGCUUGUCUGCCCGCGGCCUGAAACACAUAAUUGACUUUGCCUACAGCGCAGAGGUCACACUUGACCUGGACUGCAUUCAAGACGUACUGGGAGCAGCAGUCUUUCUACAGAUGGUCCCAGUCGUUGACCUCUGCGAAGAAUUCCUCAAGUCGGCUAUGAGCGUAGAGACCUGCCUGAACAUCGGCCAGAUGGCCACCACCUUCAACCUGACCUCCCUCAAGGAGUCUGUGGACACCUUCACCUUCCGCCACUUCCUGCAGAUUGCCGAGGAGGAAGACUUCCUGCACAUCCCCAUGGAGCGCCUGGUCUUCUUCCUGCAGAGCAACAAGCUGAAGAACUGCAGCGAGAUUGACCUGUUCCACGCUGCCAUCCGCUGGCUGCAGCACGACGAGGCCCGCCGAGCUGGUGUAAACGAGGUCCUCUGCCACGUGCGAUUCCCCCUCAUGCCCUCCUCGGAGCUGGUGGACAGUGUGCAGACGGUGGACAUCAUGGUGGAGGACGUGCUGUGCAGGCAGUACCUCCUGGAGGCCUUCAACUACCAGAUCCUCCCAUUCCGUCAGCACAAGAUGCAGUCCCCGCGGACCGUGAUCCGCUCCGACGUGGUUUCGCUAAUUACCUUUGGCGGGACACCCUACACUGACAACGAUCGCACUGUGAGCAGUAAGGUGUUCUAUCUCCCAGACAUUGCAGCGCGUCAGUUCAAGGAACUAACGGAGAUGGAGACAGGAUCCAGCCACGCCUGUGUAUCAGUGCUGGACAACUUUGUGUACGUAGUCGGCGGGCAGCACCUGCAAUACCGCAGCGGUGAAGGGGCAGUGGACAUCUGCUUCCGGUACGACCCACACCUGAGCAAAUGGCUGCGUAUCCAGCCAAUGCAGGAGGGGCGUAUUCAGUUCCACCUCAACGCUCUUCAAGGACAACUCUACGCCACUGGGGGGCGCAACCGAUCUGGAAGUCUGUCGUCCGUAGAGUGCUACUGUCCUAAGAAAAACGAGUGGACCUACGUGGAACCACUGAAACGCAGAAUCUGGGGCCAUGCAGGAACUCCCUGUGGCGACAAGCUCUACAUCUCAGGGGGUUACGGUGUCUCAGUGGAUGAUAAAAAAACCCUGCACUGUUACGAUCCCACGUCUGACCAAUGGGAUUUCAAAUCGCCUAUGAACGAGCCCAGAGUGCUUCAUGCUAUGAUCAGUGCCAAAGACCGUGUUUACUGCCUGGGCGGUCGCAUGGACCACGUGGAUCGCUGCUUUGACGUCCUGGCAGUUGAGUAUUAUAUUCCAGAGAAUGACCAGUGGACCACUGUUAGCCCCAUGCGAACAGGGCAAUCUGAGGCAGGCUGCUGCUUGUUGGAUAAAAAGAUCUAUAUUGUUGGAGGGUACAAUUGGCAUCUAAAUAAUGUCACAAGCAUUGUGCAAGUGUACAACACAGAGGCUGAUGAGUGGGAGAGGGAUUUGCACUUUCCUGAGUCUUUUGCAGGAAUUGCGUGUACGCCGAUCAUACUUCCACAAACCACCACGCAACGGUAAUCCUUCGGCCCAAAGUGACUGACAAUUUGAUUCAAUGUGUUCUUACUGUUGAGCUGUCAAAUUAAUACAAACAUGGCACAUUACAUAAACUAUUGUAAUAUUAGUGGUAAUCUUGAUGUAAUGUGGGUGGGUGUGUGUGUUUGAGGGAAUAAGUGGAAAUAGGAAUAUGGUUUUGCUAUAAUGUACAGUGUAUUACUUCAUUUUCCAUCCUAUAGUGGAGGUCCAUGUGCUGCAUCGUAAUGAGCAGUUUUAAUGGAAAAUAAGUGUUAGCUUUCCUGGACAAACUCGCUUUUAGGGUAUUUUAAACAACACUUAAAACACUACCCACAGUCAAAAACCUAUUAACUGAUUUGCAGGAUACAGUUUUUUAAUUUGUGCCAUGCAUCAAGGAAGCAUGUUUUGAUUAUUUAAUUGAGUAUAUUCAUUCAAAUAAUAUAUUUAAAAAAUAUAUAUAUAUUUUUUUACAACAUAUAGGAUGACAUAUUUGACUGCUUAGGACCAUUUGAGAACUAGUGAUUGACUGAAGAAGACCUUUCAGUAGCUCUCCUAAUGUUUUAUGUUUAUUUCAGAACAUCUGUUUUUGCUGUGUAUGGUGAUGUGCUCAUUAGGCUGUUCAAUUGACUGGAGACGUUUACACACAGUCAUCAUAAUGAAACGUGUAUUCCAAACUGACAAGCUAAUAUGUCUCUUAUGGCACCGUAAUCAUUUUUUUCAACCCCUUUGUGUAAGUGUGUGAACAUCUGUGUUUACUGCUCCUUUGGUAGGUAUUACAUUUACAUUUAAGUCAUUUAGCAGACGCUCUUAUCCAGAGCGACUUACAAAUUGGAAAGUUCAUACAU